UGCAACAAGAGAUAGCAAACUUGAAACAAAAAUAUGAAGAUGUGCAAAGAGAUAUGUCGAUGAUCAGAGCAAUGUUUGAAUCAACAGAGAAAAUGCCCCAAGACUUGCAUAAACCAGAAAAAAGAAUCGGUAUACCGAAUGCUAACAAUUAUAUUUCUCCCAAUGGAUCACCUAAGAAUGAUGUAAGUUCAUCACAAUCUAGUCAUGCAGUACCUCCACCUCAGGCACUUCGAGCUAAAGAUAUUGUGAAGAAUUUUCUUAUCCCAUCAGAUGCUCAGGGUGGAAAUGAAGUAUACUUGAAAAGUUUAAAAAAACCUCAUGGUAACGUGGCACGAGGUUACAUAUUAAGUAAGGAUCCCAUGACGAAAGUUGGAGGAGUCGAGUUAGGACCACAAUAUUGGGAGGUUCAAAUAGACGUAGCAAUACUUCACAAUGAGCCAUUAUUAAGACCUUAUGGAAAUUAUUUGACCAUUGGAGAUGCCGUAGGUGUAACGGUGGCUUGGCCAUAUACCUAUGUUAAGCGCAAGUAAAGCUGAAUGCACAUGAGAAG